AUGGAUGUAUUUAAACCAAUCUUAGAAUCAAACAAAAAACUUCAAGAAGAAAUUAUUGAUGAAAAGAACAAAAUAGUAGAAACUCUCAACAAUUUUAAAGCUCCAACACAGCGCUCAAUAGCCCCUGCCCUCUCCACGUCAACACCAGGUACGCCAAGAAAUCAGAGUCUGAUCAGAAAACCAUCAGUAACUUUACCAAGAGAUGUUCCAUCGCUCCCAUCUACCGCCGAUCUAGUGGUAAGCAAUUUGAUAGUGGGUUACCUUCAAGAUAAUUCCGAUAGAAGCAACGCCGGUUACUCAAUCAAGUUUAACAAAGAUGAAAAAAAGUAUACCAUUGGCAACAAAGACGUAUCAUUCGAUCAAAACAUUAUAAAGGUUAAUGAUGAAGAGUAUACAGCAACUGUAGGUCUGAUGGAAUUGCUAAUCAAAAAGUCUCCCAACAUAAAAAAUGUAACAGCUGAGGAUACCUCAAAUUACCAAAAGAUUUUAAUAAGUUCUGAUGCUUUGUAUCAGGGUUUUGAUAAAACUUGUAAAAGAUAUAAUGCAGAUUCUAGUGAUAAAUGGAAGUUUAUCAAGACUAAUUAUUUUGUUGCUAAACCUUCUACAGCGUCGGGUAGCUCAAUCUCAUUCAAACCAUCGCCUCAUGUUGGAGGCUCGGUAAAUACUUUAUAUUUGCCAUCAGACAGUAACUCUCUAAUGGACUCUUUAAGACUAUCUAUAGGUUCGUAUCAGGCUGGAAAUAAUGGAGAGUAUAAUAAAAUUCAAGCAAUGUUAGAUGAACUAGUCAGACAGAAAUUGAUCAAGAAGAAAGACGUGGGAGUUAUUUACUUAAAUAUUGGUAUGUAA